AUGGCUGGUGGUACUGUCAAGUACCGACAUCUGAGUCGCAAUUCAGCAGCCCGUGUGGCCCUGCUGCGCGGUCUGGUUACUCAGCUCGUCCAAAACGAACAUAUCCACACAACUUACGCCAAGGCAAAGGAAGCCCAGCGCAUGGCAGAGAAGCUCAUCACACUGGCGAAGAGGGACAACGAGCCUGCACGGAGAUCAGCACAGGGUAUCCUAUAUACACCCACCACAACCCUACCUAAACUGCUGGGCGAGCUGCGAAAUCGAUACUUGACCCGAGAGGGAGGCUAUACUCGCGUCGUGCGCACCGAGUCAAAGAACACAUAUGAUCAGGGCGAGAGCGCCAUCCUUGAAUUCGUCGACGGCCCAAAGGACUCACGGUUCAUGAUGACUGCCAAGACAGUUGCCCGCGACCGAAUGCUGGGGCAAGAGCAUACUCCUGUCACCAGAACCAACAUCAAGAAAGUCACACAGUUCCGCGGCGAGGUGCCGUUUGAGGAGAUGGUGCGGAGGUUUAUGAUCUUGAAGACUGGUGAGAAGACUGGACCAUCACGGGAUGAGAGUAGUUUGGCCGAAGUUGAGGCCGAGAAGGCGGCAGACAAGAAUGCUGAGCGGGCAAAGGAAAUGGCCGCUGGCAUCGUACCGGAGUCAGUGAGAAAGGCGGCGCAACGGAAGAACUCGCCAUAG